AUGCAUAGAUUACAGGGUGCUACCGUAUUCUCCAAGAUUGACCUAAGGUUACCAUCAGCUGAGGCUUUCCGAUCUAGGUAUGGGCAUUACGAGUUCAUUGUAAUGUCUUUUGGUCUAACCAAUGCUCCAACGACAGAGGUGGAACAUGAGAAACAUCUUAGGAAGGUUCUAGGAACACUGUGGGAAAACAAGUUGUAUGCAAAGUGUGCUAAGUGCGAGUUUUGGCUACGGAAAGUGUUCUUCCUUGGGCAUGAGGUGUCGAAGGACGGGGUUUCAGUGGAUCCAGCUAAGAUUGAAGCCGUUACCAAUUGA